AUGCCCCUCGACAGCUCUACGUACGCUUUGGCGAAUUUACGCGUCGAUGGUCGAAGAUGGAAUGAAUUGCGCCGGAUUCACGGACAAAUGUCAACUCAAGCUGCUGCCGACGGAAGCAGUUAUUUUGAAAUGGGCAAUACCAAGAUUAUUUGCACAGUCAACGGACCAAAGCAGCAGACGCGAUCCGGCGGUGCACGAGACUCAAGUAAGGAAGCCACCAUCGAGGUUGAACUCAGCGUCGCGGGUUUCAGCGGCAUGGAUCGUAGGAAAAGAUCGCGGAUGGACAAACGGACGCAAGAGAUGCAGUACACAAUCUCUGAAGCAUUCUCAAGCACGCUUUUCACAAAUCUUUACCCGCACUCCAGCAUUGUGAUCAACCUACACGUUCUAUCUCAAGACGGCAGCCUCCUCGCGGCCUGCAUUAACGCAGCAACUCUGGCUCUCGUCGAUGCCGGUAUUCCAAUGAGCGACUACGUUGCAGCUUGUACAACAGGCUCUGCGGCAUUCCAUGCGGGUGGGGAAGAAGAUGCCGAUCCACUUCUCGACCUAAACGGUGCCGAAGAACAAGAACUACCUUUCUUGACUGUCGCAAAUAGCGGCGGCGAGGGCAAAGUCACCUCGCUCAUCAUGGAGACUCGCGUGCAGAUGGGCAGACUCGAGGCUAUGAUCGCUGUGAGCUUGGAUGGCUGCAAACAGAUCCGCAGGUUCAUCGAUGAUAUCGUCCGAGCGCAUGGCAAGGCUUUGCUGCAGGCACGAUUGGCUGUUGACAGAUGA